CGUGACCCGGGCUGUUGGUUGACAGGACUCGUCGCGGGGCUUUGCAGCGGCAACAGCGGCCAGGCUGGACGUAUGACUUCGAGGAAGUUACAGGCUGCCUGGGCACUUUGACCACGACUGCAAUCGACGAAAAAUCCUGCUAUGUUACACCACAACAGUGGUGAAGAGGGGAAUAGCAUUCAUGGACACUGUGGAGACUUUGAAUCAUUUGAUUCCCAGUGACCAGUUGGACUCUCUGGGGACUGGACAAAAUCUGGAAUGUGAAGCAAGAAAUGAGUUUGGAACCGGUAUCCUGCUGGAAGAUUCACUGACAAACAUGUUGAGUGACAAAGAUCCAAUGUUUGGAUCGGCAAGCUCUCAGUUUAAUCCAUUGGAAAAUGAUGAGGGCAAUUUUUUGAUUGCUGGUGCUACAGGUCUCGAUGGCAUCAGUGGGAAGUUGCCGAGUCCACCGGCUCCCCGUUCUGUCGGAAGGCCCCGGAAACAUCCGCGCGUCACACCCUCGGCAACGGUCGCCCCCAAGACCUCAACCGCUCCGACCGCUUCACCCGUCAACUCGAAACCCCGCGGCCGGCCCCGCAAAAAACCGACCAACCGGCAGCUGACGUCGUUCCUGAUCGAGAAGGGCGUGCAGGGCCCCCAGCUGAAGAAGGAGCUCUGCCUGGGGGGCCGCGUCCACGUCCAGGAGCUCGACGCGGGGCUGUGGCUGAGCCCCAUGGUGGUGCUGCGGAGGCUGACCGUCACGGUGGGGGGCUUCAGGAUCGAGCUGCUCCCGGGGCCCUCGUACGGCACCGCGGGCGAGGGCGAGGGUGAGGGCGGCGGCGCUGCCGCCGGCGGCCAGCCGGUGAGCCUUCAGGAGGGUUUGACCUCCGGCGGUGACGGGGCCGUCGCGGCCGACACCAAGGAAGACGACGCCACGGUGCCGAGUAACGUCACGGCUCCGAAUCCGACCGCGGAGAACCAGGUCGGCUCGGGGGGCGUCGAAGGAGCACUCGGACUGGGCCCGUACGUGAACCCCAACGACGUUCAGGCCACCAACGGCGCCCCCGCGCCAAAGUCCUGCUCGGAAGAGACCAAGGUUGACAUCGGGAGCGACUCCGCCCAGCAGACGCCUUCCGCUACGGGGAAAGAUGUCGUCAAGCCGACUGAGAACCCUCCGAACAACACCACCGGCUCUACUGACAAGCUGAACUGUAAGGACAAGCUAAAGCUUUUCGCCAAAGCGAUGUUUAAACCUAAACCCAGGCUGCCCACGGUUAAGAACAAGAGCUUGGUUUCCCGUAGACCGAAGAGCCUGAUUCAAACGCCGAACCCUGCCCCGAGCUCUCCCACUAAGCCCCCCCAGAGAGACGACGUCCCGCCCAGCGCCAAAUCCCCCAAGAAGGGAGCGGUGUCACUGAAGAGACCCGGAGAGAUCUCCCACCCUGAGCACGCCUCCAAAGUCCUAAAGGUCCAGACCGGGAGACCCGCCAACCCGAAGCCCAAGUCCCCGGGUCCCUCCAGCGCCGCUCCGGUGAAGAAGGCGCCGUCGUGUGACGGCCCCGCGGACCCCCCCCACAACGCCCCCAAGAACACCCUCAACGCGCACAACCCGAAGCACGAACGGCCCCCGCCGUCGCUGGGCCCCCCGGGGCCUUCCUCCAGGCCCCCGGAGGACGCAGGGCCGGAGAAGGCCAGGGGCAAGAGGCCCGACAAGCUCCUCCAGAGGCAGAAGAGCCGGACACCCCGGACCCCCUCCACGGAGGAGCCGCCGCUGUUUGUGCCGGACAACGCGCCGGCCACCGCCGCCGCCGCCGCCGCCAAGAAGGAAGCGGGCGACGAGCCGCCGGCGGAGAGCGCCUGGGACGGAACCAACAGCUGCGGCCUGUGCAAGAAGCACCACGGCAACAUGUUCAUGGUGGGCUGCGGUCGCUGUGACGACUGGUUCCACGGCGACUGCGUGGGCCUGGACCUGGCCAAGGUGCAGGAGAUGGAGGACGAGGACCAGAUGUACGUGUGCCUCAAGUGCUGCGCCGACGAGAGCGUGAAGGCCGAGCCAGAGGUCCAGAGCGCCGCCAAACGCCCGCCGCCGCCCGAGGUAGAGUCCGCGCCCGUGCCCGAGGCCGUGGGCCACACCCCGGCCGCCAAGCCCAGGCAAGGCCCAGGCCCGGCGCAGGCCCUGGCGUCCGGCGCCCUCCGACCCAUGAAGAAGGAGUCUGAUCGAAGACAGUCCACAGAGGUAAAAGAGUCUGCGCACAAAACAGGUCAUCCAAAGCACAAGGGUUCCUCCUCGGCUCCGAAGAAACCCGCUUCUGUCGAAGAAAUCCGAAGAAGUGUGCGAGACUCUCUGAAGGAAAUCCUCUUGCAACGGCUCAAGGAGUCGGACUUGAAGUUGGCGCCGGAGCGGGCCUCCGAGGUGGCCCGUAAGACGGAGAGGGAGCUCUUUCAUUUGUACAAAGACACCGACAGCAAGUACAAGAGCAAGUACCGGAGCCUGAUGUUCAACCUCCGGGACACCAAGAACAACGUGCUGUUUCGGCGGGUUCUGAAAGGGGACAUCUCUCCCGCUAAUCUGAGUCGCAUGAGUCCUGAAGAGCUGGCCUCCAAAGAGCUGGCAGCUUGGCGCCAGAGAGAGAACCGCCACGCCAUCGAGAUGAUUGAGAAGGAUCAGCGCGAGGCAGAGAGGCGGCCAAUCACCAAGAUCACCCACAAGGGAGAGAUCGAGAUCGAGAGCGAGGAGCCGGCGAAGACAGCCGAGGUGCCCGAGAGUCCCUCCCCCACCAAGCUGCUGGAUCUGGCGGUCGACCUCCUCCCCCUGGAGCUGAAGGCGGAGAGCAGCGCCAAUGUGGAUAAAGACACCACCGGGCAGCACAAGUCUCACCUGUUCGACCUCCACUGCAAGAUCUGCACAGGUCGCAUGGCUCCGCCCGUGGAAGAGGCCCCCACCAAGGUGGUGAAGGUGUCCACGAGGGUGGCCCGCAGGCCGCCUGCCGCCGUGGAGGGGGCCGCCAAGGGCGUCGCCACGACGACGACCACGACGACCACGGCAAAGGAGGAGGACCUGGAGGCCAGCCUCCGCAACACGGUGUCCAGCGGCCACGAAGCACGGUCAAACUACAGCUACGCGUCGGCUAAAGACGAGGGCGUCUCCUUCCUGUCCACGCUGCAGUGCAUGUGGAGGGGCUUCGUCAACAUGGCCGCCGUGGCCAAGCUGGUCACCAGAGCCUUCCCGGUGUCCGGCGUCCUCGACCACCUCACCGAGGAUCUGCCAGACAGCGUUCAGGUGGGCGGCAGGAUAAACCCUCAGCUGGUGUGGGACUACUUUGACAAGAUCCGAGCGACUGGGACCAAAGAGGUGUGCCUCAUCCGCUUCUGCCCGGAGACUGAGGAGGACGAGAUCUCCUACACUCUCCUCUUUGCUUACUUCAGCAGCCGCAAGCGCUUUGGGGUGGUCUCCAACAACCUCAAGCAGGUCAGGGACAUGUACAUCAUCCCCCUGGGGGCCGCCGAGAAGGUCCCGCACCAGCUCGUGCCCUUCGACGGUCCAGGCCUGGAGAACAACCGGCCCAACCUGCUCCUGGGGCUGAUCAUCCGCCAGCGCGCCCGGCGCGACUUCCUCCCCGUGGACGCCAACGAGGCGGCCGCCAUCAUCCCCGAGACCCCGCCCCCGCCGGCGCCGGCCGCGAGCACCCGGCUCCCCGCGGCGGCGGCGGCGGCGGCGGCGGCGGCGGAGGAAGAAGAGGAGGAGGAGGCGGCCGCCAAGAAGUACCUCUCCUCCCUCAUCCCCACCAAGAAGCCCCGGGACGUGGAGAAGCCGGCCGGCGCUCCCAAGGCGGCGGCGGAGGAGAAGGCGGAGGAGCCGGAGGCGGAGCCUGUGGGGGACGAGGCGUCGCUGGACGAGGAGGGCGAGCCCGGGUCGGACUCCUACAAGCCGCUGCGCUUCCUGCCCGGCGUGCUGCUGGGCUGGGGCGGGGAGCUGCCGCCCCUGCCGGACUUCAGCGCCAAGCCCCCCCCCGCGUUGGAGGACCCCGGGACCGCCAAGCCGGCCGUCAAGAGUCCCACCACCCGCUUCGUCAUCAGGAAGAGGGAGCCCAAGCCGGUGGCGGCGACGCCCGGCGCGGCGGACACGAACAACCGACCGGCGGCGGCGGCGGCGCCUCAGCGCGUUCUGCACGGGACGGGCGUGGCCACGUGGCCGGGGGCCGGGGUCUCGCUCCGGGAGAAGCCCCCCGGGGUCUCCACCGAGGCCUACCUCGCCAGUCUGUCCUCGCCGCCCCCCGCCAGGAAGGACGUCCCCGCCGCCGCCGUCCCCGCCGACCCACGGAGGGAAAGCGCCGAAGGAACUUUAUCGCCGCCGGCCCAACCCGCGACGGAGAGCCCAAAGGCGCCCCUGAGCGGCAUCCUGAAGAAGUCCUCCGUGUACACGACGGGGGGGGAGGAUAACGGGCUGCAGCCGACGCCCGCCGCCAGCCCGACGCCGCUGCCCGCUCCCGCGCUGAGCAGCGGACAGAACCAGGCCGGCGGUCAGAACCAGGCCAGCGGUCAGAACCAGGCCAGCAGCGGUCUGAACCAGGCCAGCAGCGGUCUGAACCAGGCCAGCAGCGGUCUGAACCAGGCCAGCAGCGGUCUGAACCAGGCCGGCAGCGGUCUGAACCAGGCCGGCGGCGGUCUGAACCAGGCCGGCGGCGGUCUGAACCAGGCCGGCAGCGGUCUGAACCAGGCCGGCAGUCAGAACCAGGCCGGCAGUCAGAACCAGGCCGGCAGUGGUCUGAACCAGGCCGGCAGUGGUCUGAACCAGGCCGGCAGCGCUCUGAACCAGGCCGGCAGUGGUCUGAACCAGGCCGGCAGUGGUCUGAACCAGGCCGGCAGUCAGAACCAGGCCGGCAGUGGUCUGAACCAGGCCGGCAGUGGUCUGAACCAGGCCGGCAGCGCUCUGAACCAGGCCGGCAGCGCUCUGAACCAGGCCGGCAGCGGUCUGAACCAGACCAGCGCAGGCUCCCAGCCCGCGGUCUCUCCCCUCCCCCAGGCGGGGGUCCCGUCCUGGGUGGCGGUGGGGGGCUUCAGCGGCAGCAGCUCUCCCAGCGAGAAGACGAAGGAUCCCCGCGUGCCUCAGGCCGUUCCCACGGCGCCCGCUGGGCCGCAGGGGGCGGGCCCCGAGCUGCCGAGGGACCCGCCCCCCGGCGUCCCAGAGGCCCCCGCCUCCAACAACGGCCCCGACUGUGACGUCGCCCCCGGCGCUCCUCCUCAGGGGCCCGACGACCACGGCGACGAGGACCCGCCCCUCCUCAGCCCCCCCGCCUCCCUCGCCCCCCCCUCUCUGCUGCAGGGAGCCCCCGCCCAGCCGGCCGGCCCCCCCUCCCCCUCCCCCUCCCCCUCCACCACCACCGGCAUCAAGGACUACAAGCGGCCAGAGGACCGCUACAGCGACCCCUGGGAGAGGCCCCGGCACGCCGAGGACCGCGACCGGGACCACCGGGAGCGCGACCGCGACCGCCACCACCGGGGUCACAGCGGCGACAAGAAGGGCCGGCACCAGGACCGGCACCGCGAGCGCAGCCGGCACCGCGGCCACUCGGAGGAGCGGCGGAAAGAGCGUCACCGUGGCGACGAGCACGGGGGCCGCCACAAGGAGCGCCACAGACACAGGCGGGACUCGGACCACGACAACGGCCGCCGCAGCUCUCGGGAUAGCCACUCAUGAGUUUGGGGCUUUUAGUUUGGUUUAUUUUUUUAAUAUACACACUAGUGUGCAGCUGUUCCCGUGCCAUUGUGUCCCGUUUUGUUUUUAUUUUUUUUUAUGAUAAACAUUCCCUGUUUUAACCGUUCUUUCCGGUACGACGACGACACGAUAGACCGACCGAGAGAGUCCGUGGAUUCUCCCGACGCGUUUGAAGUGCGUGACUACGUUUCUCGACGCAUUCAUAUUUUUAAAAAAGUACCUUUCUUUUAAAAUGUGUUUUGUCUGUCGGCUGUUGACGUCUACACUAACCACACAGACGCUAAAUGUUUUUUCUUUCCCAGACCCCUUUUUUUUUAUUCAUGUGUUCAAAGGAGUAUAAACCAACAGCACAAUUGCAGAAUAUGAAUUGAUAGCUCGUUUUUCAGCAGACGCUUACAAAUAUUUGGCAUGAAUGUAACAACUAAAAAAAGGGCGGAAAAAUGUAAACCGCAGUUGUAUUUUCUUUUUUUUUUUCAAUUUUAAAAAGUUGCUUAAAUAUUUUAUAAACGUUUCUAAGGAGAAAGUUGUACAUUUUGGCUUGUCGUGUACAUUACAAAUGCAGUGUGCUUUUGCACCGUUUAUGUACAGUUCAUAAUAAAGCUAAUCUUUCUUUUUGUAUGAUCAUA